AUGGAAUCGAAUGAUGUUCGCUUCGUAGGAAUUCAUGGGAUGGGUGGCGUUGGUAAGACAACGCUGGCCGAAAUAAUUUAUGAUAGAGUUUCUUCUGAUUGUCGAUUUGAAGGAAACAGCUUUAUUUCUUUCAAUGGAGAAAAAUCUACAGCUCGUGAUCUAGCUUCUUUACAAACGCAACUUCUUUCUGGGAUCAUGCAAGAACGUAUAGAAGUAUCGGAUCCUCACGAAGGAAUUGAGAUGAUAAGAAGCAGGAUGCAGAAUAAAAAAGUUUUUAUCGUCCUUGAUAAUGUGGAUAGUGACGAGCAACUAGAGGCAUUAGCAGGGGAUCAUAAUUGGUUUGGUCCAGGGAGUAGGGUAAUUAUAACAUGCAGAGAUAGUCAUCUGUUGAAAAUAAAUAAAGUGAAUGAUAUGUGUGCGGUUCAGCUGCUUCAACCCGCCGAUGCUUUGGAGCUCUUUAGUUUGUCAGCCUUCGACGAAACCCAUCCUCCAGAGGAUUACAAGGAUCUAUCUAUGGAUUUUGUGAAUUAUGCUGGAGGCCUUCCUUUAGCUCUUAAAGUUUUGGGUGGCUUCUUAUUUGGGAGAACAAUAGAUUUUUGGGAAAGUGCUAGGGAUCAUCUAAAAGGAAAUCCUCCAAAAAAAAUUUCUGAUAUACUUCAAAUAAGUUUUGAUGGGCUGGGGGAAUCGUAG